UGUUGAAAUUAACUUUCGCAGAAAAAAAAACGUAAUUCGCGUUAUUCCCUGGCCCUGCAUGGAGAAUCGCGAGUGCGUCUGCUGAAAUGGCGGAUAACGAAGAGUGUGCCAAUCGCGACGGCGAAGAAUCGUCGGACCUGGAUUGCGCCGUGUGCCUUCAGUCAUGCGUGCACCCAGUGAAGCUUCCUUGCGGACACCACUUCUGCUACUUGUGCGUAAAGGGCGUCGCGUUGUUGAGCAAAAAAUGUGCCAUGUGUCGUCAGGAAAUUCCGUGGGAAUGCCUGGACAACCCGGAAUUGUUGCGAGAGGAAGAGUUUAUUCGGUCCGCGUCGGAAACCUCUGCAGAAAAGUGGUAUUACGAGGGUAGGAAUGGAUGGUGGCAAUAUGACGAUAGGACGAGUGCGGAACUUGAAAAUGCAUUCACGAAAAAUGAGGCUGUCGUUGAAGUUCUCGUCGCUGGCUUUGUUUACAUUGUGGACCUCAUUCAAAUGACUCAGUGCCGUAAGAAUGGCAUGGGCCGGGUCCGUAGUGUGAAGCGGGAUUCUGGCCAAAUCCCGAACAAAAUCGGUGUCGCCGGUUUGCGUCUCCGGCCUGGCGGCGCCCCGAACAACCGCCGAAACAACAACAGGGACGCCGAUGGCGGAGAAAAUCCGCCGCCCGCUCCUCCCGUCCGCAACGCUUCAAUGCUCGCUGAUGUCGACGGGGCGUCGGAUAACCAGCUGCAGGACGCCGUUUCCACGCGUUUCCGCCAGCUGCGAUUGGAGUCGACCACUUCUCCGCCUCCGAGGCGUCGGCGUCCCCGUGAAUGACCGACUUGCCAUUUUGUUUCCCCCUGCAUUCGUGAUUCGCCCGUUCUGUUUUAAUGUCUGGAACUUGUUUUGGUGCAUUGAAGACAGUUUUUUUCGCUCUCCAAAGAAUUUAAUAGGUUGAUUCGAAAAUUAGAUGCUUUCCUGUCGCUGGAAAGCCUCCGAGGGUUUUUUUUUUUUUUUUUAUAGAAUCUCAAGGUUGGUUUUUAUUUAAAAUCAAUUGAUGGUGCAUUCAAUAAAAACCCGAACCCCGUUCUUUCCCCGACUUGAAGGGGUUAUUUUUAAUUAAAGGCGAAAUGGAAGUUUUUUGGAGGACGAUUUCGAAUGUUGAAGGCAAUAUCGAAAAGAAAAAAACAAGUUUCGGAGUUUUGAGUUGCGGUAGCCAUUUUGUGGAAUUCUUUUUGGAAUUUCCUUGUAUAUCUUCUCAGGAAAGGAAAGAGUGCAUCCGCUGCUUAAACGGAUGAGGAACGAUUUUGUGGUGUUAUUGCAAGAUCUUGGCGAUCGGGUCGGAGGAUUAAAAAUUUUUGAAAAACAGGA